AAGGUCUUUGUAUAGGAUUGUUGAGGAGAGAUCAAGUGAAAUGCACAAGAUUAUUGAAGAAAAGAGAUGGUAGUGAAAUGAAAAUCAUAAAAUAUAUUCUGACCACUAGAUAUGAAUCAAGAUUCUCUCCAUUUUUAUCAUUACUAAAAGUUUUGGUGUGAUAUUUAGUAGGUCAAAUAAUUUAAUAUAUAUUUUUCUCAAAAAAAAAAUUGAAUAUAGUAUAUAAAACUCUUGAAAACAAUACAUUUUUUUUUUUAGAAAAAAAAUCAAUAUUUUUUUAUAAGCUUAAUUCUGAUAUUAAAAAAAAAAAAGGUGAAGACUGAAGAACCGAAUUUAGGGGAAGAAGAGGGCUUAGGUUAUUAUUGAGAAAAGAAAAAAAGUAGCAGUGAAAAUGGAAGACGGUGAGAUAGAAGAGGGAUCAUUCCCCAUGGCAGAGGAAGAACAACAGCAACAAACCUUUCCUCCCCAUUCCUCAGAAGAUAACCAAUCGGAAGAAGAAUCACCAUACGAAACACUUCACAACAGCAAAUCUUCCAUCGAAUCCAUCAUCUCCGAUAUCCUCUCCAUCAAAAAACAAGCUAAACCUAAACAACUCCUUCGAGAUCUCGUUACUCAAAUGUUCCUUCACUUCAUCACUCUCCGUCAGGCGAAUCGUUCUAUUUUGAUUGAGGAAGAUCGUGUUAAAAUGGAAACGGAACGGGCCAAGGCGCCGGUGGAUUUUACGACACUGCAGCUUCAUAAUUUGGUCUAUGAGAAGAGUCAUUACCUUAAAGCGAUUAAGGCUUGUAAGGACUUUAAGUCAAAGUAUCCUGACAUUGACCUUGUGCCUGAGGAAGAAUUUUUUCGUGAUGCUCCUAAAGAUAUUAAGGAUUCGGUUUUGUCGAAAGAUAAUGCUCAUAAUUUGAUGCUCAAGAGGCUCAAUUUUGAGCUAUACCAGCGUAAAGAGCUUUGCAAGCAUCAUGCGAAACUGGAACAGAAAAAGAAAAUCCUUUUGGAGACUAUUGCAAACCGAAAGAAGUUCCUGACAAGUCUCCCUUCACAUCUCAAGUCUCUCAAGAAAGCAUCAUUGCCUGUUCAAAACCAACUAGGAAUGAUGCAUACAAAGAAACUAAAGCAGCAUCAUUCAGCAGAGUUGCUUCCGCCAGCUCUUUAUGUGAUUUACUCACAGCUAUUGGCUCAAAAGGAGGCCUUUGUAGAACCCAUUGAUCUGGAGAUUGUAGGAAGCCUGAAAGAUGCUCAAGCUUUUGCUCGCAAUCAAGCCAACAAGGACACUGGCAUUUCCACUGUUAUGGAGAGUUCCAAAUUGGAAGAUGAUGUUCAUGAUGAUGAAGAAGAUGGUCAGAGACGUAGAAAAAGGCCAAGAAGGGUAGAAGUCAAGGAGAACCAUGACCAAGGGGGUCUAUUCAAAAGUCACCCACUUAAGAUCAUUAUCCAUGUGUAUGAAGACGAGUCUUCUGAUCCUAAGCCUGCGAAACUCAUCACUCUGAAGUUUGAGUACCUGGUGAAGUUGAAUAUUGUAUGUGUUGGAAUCGAAGGAUCUAGUGAUGGUCCUGACAAUGACAUCUUAUGCAAUUUAUUCCCCAAUGAUACAGGACUUGAGCUUCCUCACCAGUCAGCUAAACUCUUUGUUCAAGAUGUUACAACAUUCAAUACUCAAAGAACUUCACGUCCUUACAAAUGGGCUCAGCACCUGGCAGGAAUUGAUUUCUUGCCUGAGGUGUCUCCAUUGCUUCCCGCUGACAAGAGUGAAGAUGUUGUAUCUGGUCUUUCAUUAUAUCGCCAACAGAACCGAGUUCAGACAAUUCUGCAGAGAAUUCGCUCGAGGAGAAAAGCUCAGUUGGCUCUUCUGGAACAGCUAGAAUCACUUACAAAGCUUGAGUGGCCUGUUUUGUCCUGCAAAAGUGUUCCAUGGGCUUUGCACACUCCUUUGUGCAAAUUGGAUGGCUGGUCAUCAAUAAGAGCCCUACCUGUACCUGGUGAAGCUUCAUCUCCGAAUAUCAUUGAUAAAGAGGAGCAUGUUCAGGAAUCAAUGGAUGUUGAUGUAAUUGAAAAUUCCGGUGUCACAAAAGAAGAACCGGAUAGUAUGACGGAAGAUGGGGAGCUUCCCACUUUACUUCCAAAGACGACUAAGUUUGAUCACUCCACACAAGCUAGCUUAAUUUCAAAAAGUAUCACUCCUUCGCUUAAUAAAGUUAGGUCACAGAGUUUCAAAAAAGUUGAUGAUAGUUCUGAUUUCUUGCUUGACACUGAUAGCGAUUUUGAUGAGCCUGCACAAAUUGAAAGUGAACAUGAAAAUAUCAUAUCAGAGUACCUUGCCAGAAAGUCUCUUUCGUGGAUGGAAUCUGGUGUGAAGGAAUUUUUGCUUGUUCUCAGCAGUAAAACCAAUGUGGUUGAGAGAAAUGUGAAUUUAGAAGCUAAGAUCAAGAUCAGUAUGGAAUAUCCUCUAAGGCCUCCACAUUUUGCACUGAGUCUUUGCUGUAAACCUUCUGGGGAGAACCAUUUGGAGAAUGAUGGAUUGGAAUGGUACAAUGAACUUCGCGCAAUAGAAGCGGAGGUUAACUUACACAUGCUAAAGACACUACCUGCCAAUGAACAUAAUCACGUAUUGGCCCAUCAAGUGAAUUGUCUUGCCAUGCUGUUUGACUAUUAUUUAGAUGAGGGGUCAUCAUCUGAAAGGACAAAUUGCACCACCUUGGUUGAUGUUGGCUUAUGCAAGCCUGUUAGUGGUGGGUUCCUGGGAAGAUCUUUUAGAGGAAGGGAUCACCGGAAGACGAUCGCCUGGAAAGACACAAAAUUUACUUCAGGCUGAUCCCAGUAGAGGUAGGUUCCCAGCUAGAUCUUCAGAGGAGAAGAACGCAAUACUGACCUUUUCUGCGAGGACAUUGAAUAUAUAGUGCUUAUGUUGACUAUUGUAAGGAUAAGGAAAUUUUUAUCCAUUGUGUGCAUUAGCCUACCAUCAUUCCUGGACUUCACAGCUGCAAAACUGGUUGGGACACUGGUAGAUUUUGAAGGGGGUCAUUUCAGUCAUUGAUUAUUGGUUACUCUAAUUCUAUGCUUGGCAAGUGCAGCUGCACGGAUUUAAGUAUGAGCAGGGAUCGAAGGUGGGAUUUCUAAUGACCCUACUGUGACGAGAACUCCUGAAUGGUGGCUGCAGUAAUUGUUUUCAAGUUCAUUGUAACUUAUUGAUUGUACUGCAGGACAUCUUUCUGGGUACUUACAUUUCCUUGUAGAGUUUCUCAUCGCAUGAGUCUGUUAUUGUGGUUUAUAACCUUUGAAAGUUUAGCCACAUUAUUGAAGUUAGACGUACAACUAUGCUGCAACGUUUUCUUGUAGGAUGUCAGUUUGGUUUAGAUAAGAUUUUCUCCGGUCCUAAAUAUAAGAGAAACUUUGGUGACCCAAAUUUUCAAGUUGUUUGAGUUUGUAACUUUCUAUGAUUUUUUUUUUUCUUCUUGGCACAUACUCCAUUCCGUCCUUAAUUUUAAGUUUCCUUUUGAAAACAAUAUCAUCCCUAAAUACAUGUUGCGUCUGCAUGCACAAAUUAUGUACGUUGUGUAUCGUGCAGCACUUUUAUUUACCAUUAGAGUGUAUAGUUCUAUAGCACCUAAAUAGUAUUCUUUUCAAAUUUUCAAUAGUUCGCUCA